AUGUCCCGCAUACUGCAGUCGGCCAUCUCUAUACUCCCGUUACUAAACCUUCAGCCCGUGACGGCGAUCUCACCGGCCACUGCGCCUGCGACGGCGACGGCGACGGCGACUUCAACUACAACCCCAACCGAAAUUGCGACGGUCUUGGAGUACGAAGAGCCUGAUUAUGCCAAUGGCACGGUCUUAGAGAAGCGCUGCGCAAAUCCCUGCGGCUACUAUAGCCAGCUCUGCUGCAGCUCUAGCGAGUCAUGUAGUACCAAUAGCAAUGGCCAAGCCGAGUGCGUAAGUGCUGGCGGCAGCGGCAGCUGGGAGUACUUUACCACAACCUAUGUCAGGACCGAGACGGAGACUGCUACGUUCACUUCCACAUGGAGCAGCUACAUCUCGGCUACUUCGUCCGGCUCCAGCUGCGAUGCCAGCGUCGGGGAGACUAUCUGCGGUAGUGACUGCUGCGGCCCUGCGUACGUCUGCUACAGCAACCAGUGCAUCUUGGGGAGUACAUCCAUUUGGGCCACGGGAACCGCCACACCGGCCGUCCGAGGCACGACUCUAUCGACAGCCACACACACGGCCUCGAUAACAACCACUCAGGGCUUUAUUGCUCCUGUUAACACGGCUGGCUCAACGGUGAUCGGAAUGAAAGCUUCAAGUGGUGGAUUGAGUGGUGGUGCGAUUGCAGGAAUCGUCAUCGGAACAAUUGCCGGCGUCAUCCUGUUGCUGCUACUAUGCGCUUGCCUGUGCUGCCGUGGUAUUCUGGACUCUCUCUUCGCUUGUCUGGGCUGCGGUCGUAGAAGGAGAAAGGAGACGACCUACGUCGAAGAGCGUUACCAUCGUCAUUCGCAUGCGCAUGGGGCCACUCGGCCUGAAGGACGGACCUGGUUCGGAAGCCGGCCUGCAGCUGCAACAUCAACUGCGGGCGAGAAGAAGAAGUCUUCCUGGAAUGGCUUGGCUACCGUUGGAAUUAUACUGGGCGCACUUGCACUGUGUCUGGGAUUGAAGAGAAGCAGAGACCACCGCGAUGACGACGAGAAGACGGAUUCCACAUACCCAAGUAGUUAUUACUACUACUCUGAUUAUUACACCAACGAUGGCAGCGAGAUCACUGAAGACCGGCGCACGCGAGAGACAAGACGCUCCAGACGAUCUCGUACGCGCUCACGAAGAUAA